GCGAUGGCAAGGGGGCGCCCUCGAGGCCCAGAGGGGGGCACCGGCGCUCAAGGCCUCCAGCCUCGAAGCCUGCUGCUCGGUGUUCGGUCGUCGAUCGGCACGGGGCCUCGGGCCCGGCCCCGUGGUCGAUGGAGUCUCUCUAAGGAGGGAGCUCCUCAUAGACCGCUGGCUCGACUGGCCCGUCGGCUUCCGCACGGAGGUCGUGAGCGCGUCCGCGAACCGCACUGCCCUGGGCAGCGGCUGGAGGCGCUCCCCCACGGGCGACGCGGCCGUGAUCGGGAGCGCCUACGGCGGGGACGCGCUCGAGGGCUGGGGAGCGGAGGCGUCCCUGCUGCACCUCGAGGCGCUGCUGGACAGCCCGGGCGAGCUCACCUUCAGCGUGGAGGCCUCGCCAGACAGCGCCUGGGGCCUGCAGGCUUCCGUGCUGGCCAACGGCACCGCGCCGUGGGGCCUACGCCUGGUGGCGGAGGAGGGCGGGCGGCGCACGCUGCGCGCGCCGCUGAGCGCGGGCGCGGUGCGGCUGACGUGGGUGUGGCGGCACGCGGCCGACGUGGAGGGCACGGGCGCGGGUCUGGCGGUCAGCGGCAUUAAGCUGCUCAACGUCUCCGUGACGCACGUCCAGGGCGCGGGCGUCCGGGGAUGCGAGCCCUGCCCCGCUGGCUCCGCCGCGGGCGAGGGCGACGGCGGCCUCCUCUGCCGGCCCUGCCCGGCCGGCACGACGUCGGACGGCGCGGGCUCCGCCUGCGCGCCCUGCCCGCCGGGCACGGCCGCGAGGAGCGGCGAGGGCUCCUGCCGCCCCUGCGGCGGCGGGCUCCGCAGCGGCGCGGGCGCCGCGCACUGCGAGCCGGAGGGCACGCUGCAGAAGGACGCCCGGCAGUGGAACGGCUCGGCGCUGGUGGGCGCCUGGCGUCUUUCAGGCAUGGUUGCCAUCGAAAUAGAAACUUACAAUAUGCUGACGAUGGACAGCCUGCUGCCGACCACCACCCGACUCGACUCGCGCACGGGCCAGAUCCAGACACAGAUGAGCGAGGUCCAGCGCACAGACCAGAGGCUGAGCGAAACGAUGGACAAAUGUGGCAAAGACGUCAGAGACAUGAAGACCGACCUCGACCGUCAGGUAACGCUGCUCAUCGAGCUGACGAUGCUAACCCGUGCAAACUCAGAGUCCGUGGCUUCCUGA